GUUUGGUAUGAAAUAUGGAUCUCUCUAACUGUUUGUCCCCUAUGGUAUCUAUUAUAGAGUAGCCACUCUUAUAAUCACUUAAAUCAACGCUUAAGCAUAUGUGUAUUUUGUACGGUAGCGAAUCCCUGCCUUUUGCAAUAGGGGGAAAAGUUAAAGAGAUCCGGAAAUAUUAGUUCUCUGUCAAAAACUAUUUCUGGAAACUUUCGAGAAUGAAAUAUUCCGCUGAAUUUCUCGCUACAGUUGUGGUGGUCGUGCUGUGUGAGCUGGUUUUAACUUCAGAAGGGACAACUUUGGAGGGAGACUGGCACGUAAUGUCGCCUUCUAACGUGGGAAUGACCAUGAAACAGUUCCAAGACAAUCUAAUGUCGGACGAGGACUUCGCAGAUGUGGCUGACACUCUUCUCAGUUUGGGAUGUGACCCCCAAUCGACCUUCCUCCAGAGUGUGUCAGCCAACUAUGAUGACCCCUACUCUGGUGAGGCAGCGAUGGAAGUGAGGUGUGGCCGUCAGCAUAAAUGGAUAUAUGGGAAGAAUUACCCCGUAGAAGUUCAAAGUAUUUUCCCUGAAGAUCCCACUGUUUGAGGAAUUAAACUCAACCAUUGCAUCUUCGUUAAAUUGUCACUUUUUGCCUAAAUUUGAG